GUUUCUCUAAAGCUACGACAAUCGAUACAACCCGACAAGGAUGAUACCUUCACAGCAGUACGGAUAUGAUUAUUCAUUCCAACAGAAACAAACACAGAUUACACCACAGCAACAGUCCCAGCAGGGUUACCUCUACAACAACUCUCCACUGGCGAACAACGCCAUGCUCAACGGCGGAUACAACAAUCUGAACUUGAGUAGGGGUCUCAACCCGGGGGCUGGUUCCUCGGGGAGCGUAUCAGCGGUUGGUACUGUUGGAGCAGCUCUGCAGUCAUACCCAACACCACGCUCCAACGGCUCACCAUCGUUGAACUUUGCAUCGCUAUAUUCCAAUAGAAAUAGACUCUCUGCGUCCAAGGGCUUUGAGCUGGAGGAUGAUUUGGAGUUUUGUCCAGAGAUCCAGUACAGCCCAUCCCAACAGAGUUAUACACAUCACAAGUUCAACCCAUACACAAGCACAAGCUUCAGCCCAACAGUAUCGCCUACUUCACAGAACGCAACGACAAACUCUCCAAAGACAAUAACCCCAAGGGCAAAGAAAGUCCUUGAAAUUGUUAACCCGGUCACCGGGCUAAGAGUGGGAUCUCCAAACCCAUACAAGUGA